GAAGGCUCAUUUGCAUAGGGCAGGUGAGGGAAAAUACCAUAGGAUUGCUUCUUUCGGCGCGCAACAAACCUGACGGGAAAUAAUCAUUUAAAAGUAUUCUUAAAAAGGAAAAUACGUGAACUCAUGCAAACAUACGGACAUGAAAUAGUGAUCCAAUAAGGAUGGGCACAAAGCAAGGGAAAUUUUAAACUCAAGUACCUCUGAUUAAGCUUUUCAGUGAAGACAGGGGAAGUUGGAACUGAUUUCAGGAAAGUUCACGAAAAUGGGAAUUUGUCCUCUGACAAAGGUUGUGCUACUAUUUGGAGCUAUUCUAGCAGGCCCUAUUUGCACGGCGACUUCGUCUACUCUGUCCUUUAAUAUCACAAGCGCCUACUUGCGCGUCGAUCAAAAGGUGAACAUGACGGUGAACGAACAUACGGGAAUCACCGUGACGGGCUACACCUUCGACUUUGGUGACACCAAAACUGCAUCGUUCACCGAUAGAACAACACUGGUUACACAUCAGUACGGUACAUCCGGGAUAUAUACCAUCACGCUCUCUGUCACCGGAAAUACACCGAUGACUGUCUCAAAAAAUGUGUCUGUAAGACAUGCACUUACAAACAUGUCUAUCAGUUUGAAUUCUACGCUGUGCAUUGUGGGAUCUACGGUAGGUUUCGUCCCCACCCUAGUCCCCCCGGUCGAAGCCAAUGUCUAUGGCUAUCUUAUGAACACCAGUGCCGCUGCCUGGAUAGCGGGCACAAGCAUUCCGUGUACCGAGCCUGGUGUGUUCAAGCUGGCUGUGUUCGCGGAUAACAUUGUGAGCGCGGUGUUACUGAGAUGUGCUGCUAACAUCACUGCGGUAGACGCGAGUUUUAGCCUCUCAAGGGACGUCAUUAGCAACGGGUCUGCAGUUACGAUCACAGCCAUCCUUGGUUCCCCAUAUUUGAGAACCCUCACCAUUGAUGGUAGUUCAAAACUCAUGACAACCAACUCCAUAGAUGAGACUUUUUACUCUACAAGCCCCCCGGAAGGAUUUCCAAUCACACUGUCUAUUGAUGAUGGAGCGAGAAUAGCUCAAAGCACCAAGUACCUGAAAGUGAUAACCGGGCUGAGUCCGCCGUUUACGUUGAACCAUAAGAGCAGUGUCGGCAUGGGUAUGCCUUUUGUUGUCAACGCCUCUGUGCAGGGACCCAUGGCCACAUACUCUUGUAACUUUGGCGAUGGUUCACCUAUCAAGAACUCCACCAAUGGCUUCUUUGAGCACGUAUUCUCGAGUGAAGAGGAAAUAUGCAUUAGCUGCAAUGCCACAAAUCCAAUCGGAGACAGACUCGAUAAAACCUCCUGUGUCAAUGUUAUCGAGCGUGUCGAAGGAUUCAAUUUAAUAGAAAAAAUCAAGCCCAUAACCCUAGGAUCACCGGCUGAAAUAACCGCAGAAAUCUUCAAUGGAACCAACGUCAAUAUAACAUUUGAUUGCGGAGAUGGUCCAACUUCCAUACACACUCUGGCUAUAAGGGGUAACAUGCUGGAUAUCACAGUGGCGCUGUUAGCCUUUAACUACACUCGUCCUGGUGUCUACCCGAUCAACAUGUUUGCAUCAAAUGACGUCAGCAGUAUGAGCAGGUUGACGUACGCGAUAGUCGAGGCUCCACUAACCAACUUAAGAUACAAUACUUCCUGGACAACCGCGUGUCUAGAAGUCAAUGGUACUCUCACCAUCGACGUAAGCGUUGACGGCAGUAAUCCGCAGUUUCAGUAUUUGUUCAACGAUAGCUCCUUCAAUACCACAGGCCUCCAGGUGACAAGGGUCUUCUCCACUUUUGGCCUUCACUCUUUUAACAUUAUCGUUCGCAACAACGUGAGUACCGUGAAUACGACCGUUUACGUUAUAGUGUGCAAGCCAGUACUUCUGAUGAACACCUCGGAGGUCGUGAGCGCCCCUACCAAUCACACCACCCCUGUCGUUUUCAAUAUGACCUUUGACAUCGGCUCUGACUUCUCUUGUGCGUUUGACUUUGGAGACGGUACAGAUUUAACUCAUCAUUGUUUCAACUAUGUGUACUUCGAAGACAACUUGAGCACUGAUGUGACGCCGUUUAAGAAUCUCAAAGUUUCAGUGAACCAUACGUAUACCUACGAGGGUCAUUACAUAGUCCAGAUGAACUGUUCCAAUAGACUUAGCUUUACUACGGCUUCCACGGUCGCGAUCGUCGAGAAGCCAAUCACGGACUUUUCCUUGCCGAAGCUCUCGCCGCAGAUUUACGCAGGGACAAUCAACCUGAUCUGGGUCAUGACCGCUGGCUCGAACGUCACCUUUGAUGUAAAAUUGGCAAAUAUACAUAUUCAUACAAUAAAGCUGACCGACACAGGUGGUUUAUUUGGACUGCUGGAAAGGACACAUUACUUUGAAGUAGGCUUGUAUGUUGUUUCUGUGAAUGGGUCCAACCUUGUUUCAGCGUGUUCUGGGGAGUACGUCUUGACAAUUCAAAAAGAUGUCACAGAGCUUGACUUUCAAGUUACUGCUAAGGAUAGUUAUAUUGGCCCUGAUGUCCAAGGAUUUGGGCCCUCUAAAAAUAUAUUUCCCGUAGAGUACCCAAUUAAUAUCACAGUGACUCCCAACCGUGGUACAAAUUUGACGUAUAACUUUACUCUUGGGUAUGGUCCGGAUCAGAGUCUCCAGGAACCCACCUUUGUCAUCCAGUAUCCGGCACCGUUGGCAGCCCCCUGGUACGAGACGUAUACCAUAUAUGUCACUGCCUACAACCUUGUGAGCAACGUGACAAAAGCCUACACCGCUAUCGUUCACAAGACUGUGAAGAAUCUAGUACUCACCAACGAUGGCCCCACGAAACAGAAUUUAACGAUGACGUUUACCUUGACAAUUGGAGAUUUCGGCACGGACACCUGCUUCGUGUUUGACAUGAAAGAUGGCAAAAGUUUCCACGUCUUUGGUUCAACCCGUUGCGAAUCUCUCGACCUACCAAGACCUAAGGUCUUCACCGAGAUCGGAGUGGUUCCUACCAUCACGUUCACUUACGUCUACUACAUUAUCGACGAGUAUUUUGUGACCCUGAAUGCCACGAAUGCAGUGAGUGCAGAGACUGUGGAAGUACAGGCUGUCUGCGUGAAGCUCGUCUGCUUGUAUCCUAACAUCACGAUGAGAGGUGUGGGACCUACCCCCGAAAAUGCUACGAGUGUAUAUCGAUCUAACGAGAUCCAGUCUAUCAAUGACGUCGAGAUAUAUUGCGAAGUGUCUUCCAGAACAACUCACCAAUGGAAAAUCUACCGGCAGUCAGAGCAAAACCCGCAAGAAUUCCUUCCCGUUGACGCUUGCGGUAAGCCAUUAGACAAUGCCGUGCUGACGAUUCCCAGGCGUUGCCUCAACUACGGCUUGUAUAGAAUUGACAUCUCGGUUUAUAUGGCCGACACAGUCGGUGUUAUUACGAGAAAGUCUGGCUAUCGACGUAUCUCCAGUAACCCGAACCUCAAGGCAGCUAUUAAGGGGAAUGUUUAUGUCAAGAUUCCCUACGGACAAAUGAUUACACUCGAUUUCAGAGACAGUCAGGAUCCUGACUUCGAGAAGGGCAACUUCACGGAUAUGAAAUUUUAUGUGCUUUGUCGGAAUACUUCGGAAUCACAGUUUGCUAACCUGAGUCACCCACCCUCGAUUCCUGUCGUACAAGCGCCAAUCAGGCUUAACUUUACCUCACAGCUUGAUGACCGAGGCGGCUGUCUAGGGACUGGGGCUGGCCGGAUGAAUUUCACAGAUAAUAGCACUACCGUGAUGACACUGGAUACCAGAGAACCCGGAUGGACCGAAAACAAGACGUAUAUUUUCACUCUUCUCAUCAUCAAGACAAACAAGCACGGCACCAAAACCGGGACGUUUGACCAGACAGUGGAACUAUCCUUAGGAGAUCCCCCCCGACUAUCAACCAAAUGCGGGCAAAAUUGCCAGCGCAAAGUGAACACCGAUCAGAAGUUGGCUAUUGUUGGAAGCUGCAUCGAGUGUUUUGGUCGCUUGACCUUCAAGUGGGACCUCUAUAGACAGCUCUACUGUGACUUGCUGAUAACCGCUGACCCUGGUUACUUCAUCAAGAUCCCGGAUGAAGACUUUAAAAAGAUGAUACUGACGUCAAUCGAUGGGCAGAACCUUGUGAUGAAGAAAGACUCGCUUAUGCCAGACACGUGCUACACGCUCAGCUAUAAGGCGUACAGACCCAGUGGUAUCUUUGGCGAGAGCAAAUACAUGUUCCUCACGAACUCACCGCCUGAGAAUGGUACGAUUUCGUUUGACCGUCUGAAUGGCACUGCUAUGAACACCACAUUUCAAAUCAUGAUCAAAGACUGGAAUGACGUUGACCCGCCAAUAUUCUAUGAAGCCUCUUUCAAAGGGUACGCCUCCUACCAAGUGUUCUCGUACACAGAUAAAGGGAACGGCUCCUUUAUGCUGCCUGUGGGAGACGCCAACACGAACUACACCGUGCAAGUGCGCCUGAGAGUGAUCGACAGCUUGGGGGCGGGCGUCUCAAAGUAUUUUAACUUCACGGUGGAGCCAUCAGACAUAAGUCCAGCGCAGACUUAUAGUUACCUCGCCACACUGAUAUCGGAUGAGAACAGUAUACUUAACCAGGCCAAACAAAGAGGGGACAUGAUGGCCCUCAACCAGAUAAUCUCAGCUGCAAGCUCUCUUCUUAACCUACUUGAAGAAAAGGACAAGGAACUUAUCAACAGCGGCAGAAAUAUCACAGCAGACGAACAAGCAGCACUGAACAAGGCUGCGGCUCAUCGAGAGCAACUAAGGACAUCGUUUUCGACCGUUCUGACGGACAUUUACGCGUACACGGUAGCAGAUGUGCAAAUGUUGUCGAGCUCCGUCGCUAUGGUUACUGAGAAAUAUACUGAGAUUACAAAUACUGCGCAGGCGAAGUUAAUGACAUCGUUUUCCAACAUGCUCGAUGCUCUUACAAUACAGUCCUCCCAGGAUGUUGGAUUUCAGGCCGUAAAAGAAACGGUGAACACGAUGCUCAGCGGUAUCGCUGGCCUAGCCUUGGGUGCCUCCGGUCUUGCUUCUGAUAACGAGACAUCGGGCCUUACCAAUGUCACCGUAGGAAAUACAACAGUUUUGAAGCCACUGAAAGACGCCGCCGUCGAUCGCUGCUUUCAAGCCAUAUCGUUUCUCAAAACUGCCCUCCAACUGACAUUGAGUAACAUGGUGGCAGGAGAGAGCCUGGUGCACUUCAAAACACCCAUUUUAAACGCAACUGUUGGGCGAGUUUCUAUUGCGGACAUGCAAGAAGGAUUCACUUUGUCGGAUGGGCUGGCUUCUUUCAACUUGCCAUUGCCCGAGUCAAUGGGUAUAGACGCUAAUCUAACCGGUCCUAACCGGUUUGGGCAUACCGAUUUCAUAAUGCCAAGUUUUCUUAAAACUCCAUACGCGUGGAUGAAUUCCAGUUCGCAGAUCAGAAGUCAGUCUGUUGGCCUUAGUAUGACAAACUCCAGCGGUUCUCCGUUAAACACCAGUCACUUCGAAGACUACGUCGAUAUUUUCAUCCCUCGCGAUGCCAGCGAAGUACCUGAACCUGAAAUUAAGAAUAUGAGACCGUACAAGGAGGGGGUGUACCGACAAGAUCAGAAGUUCAACCUUUCAUCUGAUGAGAUGUCUCUGCAUAUUGAGCUAAGGCCGGUCAACGCAAGUCACCAGUAUGAGGCUUGUGUCCGGUACAGGGAACGUCCGGAUCUGGAACAACAGCCUCCGGUCUAUAUCCGGAAAUGGACCAUCCCGGAUUUCAGCAGUUGUCAAAUGAGAAACAUUACGACCGAAAGAAAUGGAACUAAUGAAGUUCGGCCUGACGAGCUAAACGUAGACAGAGACUGCACGCAAGACCCCUACACCAUACACCUUUCCAACUCAUUCCUCAAUGACACCGGCGAAUAUUAUCUAAGUAUUUUGUACUACGAGAUCCCACCAACUGAAGACCCUUCCACCGAUGCCGUCCCCACAGACACGCCCUCUCGAAAAAAGCGAGCAAUUCCAGCAGGCUGCAAGGACCACAACGGAAGAAUGAAAAGAUCAUGCGUGUUCAUCCCCCCUCCACCGCCCAAACCUACGACUCCACCCAAACACGGCUCGGGGGGGUUCGCGGGGUACAGGGCUCCGAACUUGGACUACAAUGGACAGCCUUUCAACACAUCACAGGUCCCGCACUACAGUAUAAGGGUUUACUCCUCAAAUUGCUUGUUCUUCGACGAAAAAAACAUGACGUGGGUCAAUAACGGCUGUGAGGUUGGAAACCGCACACGCAUUUGGAAGGUACACUGUGAGUGUAACCACUUGACCGACUUUGGGAGUGAUUUCUUUGUGGCGCCUAAUCCGAUAGACUUCGACAAAGUGUUCAGUGCCGAUCUGAGCGAAAACUUCCUGGUCAUAACCACUGUCUGCGGUCUCUUUGGGUUGUACCUAAUAGCAGUGAUCUUCGCGCGACGGGCAGACCUCAGAGACAAAAAGAAGACUGGAGCUACCCCCCUACCGACCAACGCCCCUCCAGGCUCGACUUCGUACCUCCUGUCCAUCCACACCGGGGUGCGUCAGAAUGCGGGGACGACAGCAGAUGUGUCUAUCGUGCUCACAGGGGAGGAGGGCGAGUCCCAGCCCACCGUGCUCAAGGACCCGAGCAGGCCGUUAUUCACGAGGGGCGCCGACAAUAACCUAGUCCUGACGCUGCCCAACUCCCUUGGAAAACUGACCCACGUGCGAGUUUGGCAUGACAAUGAUGGCAGCUCUCCAUCCUGGUACCUCAGCCGCAUCAGCGUUGAAAACAUGAACACCAAGGAGCGAUGGUACUUCAUCUGCGAGCGCUGGCUCGCGGUAGAAGAAGACGACGGCCGCGUGGAUCGCAUCCUUCCAAUCGCAAGCAAACAAGAGCUCACACAUUUCAAUCACCUGUUCGUCAGUAAGACCGUCAAAGAACUCGGUGACGGUCACUUGUGGUUCUCGAUCGUAACUCGCCCGCCACAGAGCGUCUUUACCCGUGUGCAGCGGCUCUCAUGCUGCUUGUCUCUUCUCUACUGCACCAUGAUCACAAGCUGCAUGUUCUACAACACGGGAGGCGAGACAAAUGAGAACUACGUGAUCCAUAUUGGUUCGCUGAGCUUCGAUUUGCGCCAAAUGAUCAUCGGGUUACAGUCUAGUCUUAUUGUGUUUCCCGUGAAUUUCGCUCUUGUGCACGUAUUCAGGAGUAUCCGGAAAGAGGAGAAUGAGCCGGUUAAUAAGUUCAAAGAUGUUACCGCGGACGAAGGAUUCGAUGAGAUUUCCGAGGUCCCAAUUUCUGAGGCUGAACAGAACGAAUAUGAAGACGUUAUUAAUAAACCUGAAAAGGCAUCGAUUAUCGGGGAAGAGCAAGAAGCUGUUGAAGAUAAGGGGAAAGAUUUUGGAUCAGACGAUGAACCAGGAUCGGUGUCUAUCGGCGAUGAUGGGACUGACCUUGUAAAGAAUGACGAGCUUGAACCAGAAGAUAAAGUAGACAAUUCCACACAAGAAAGAGCAGAAAACAGAGAGGAUAAGGUAAAAAUUGAUCCCGGUGCUAAUGAUAAGCCAUCAGAGAAUAGCCAAGGCAAAGAAGAAAAGAAGAAGAAAAAAGGACUUCAUCCAAACUGGCGCUAUCUUGCAUGGACCACAUUUGUUUUAAGCACCCUGGCUUGCUCAACAUUUACAGUUUUCUACAGUCUAUCCUGGGGUCCUGAGUUGGCAAACAAGUGGCUUCUUGCCUUCGUGAUGUCAUUCUUCCAAUCCGUACUACUGAUCCAGCCAAUCAAAGUCCUGUGUGCCUCGAUUAUCUUCGCUCUGAUUAUCAAGAAGCCUGUCGAUGUGGACGAGGAAGAAACGGAAUUAAAAGAAGUCCCUAAGCACAUGAGGGAGAAGUCAGUGCAAGACCUGCUUCGCGAGAUGGAAGAUGAGGAGGAUGAGAUUAAGAAAGGUCCUCCUGAUGCGUUACAUUUGCUGGCCGCGCGCCAGAAGAGAUUGAAGGAGAUCCAGAUGUCGAUGAUACUCAAGGAAAUACUCGCCUACUUUAUUUUUAUCGCCGUUCUUCUGCUGGUUGCCUAUGGCAACAGAGAUCCUAACGCCUACCUUCUGCGGAAGACGUUGGUCGAAGAGUUUGUGAGCCUGGAUGAAUCUGGCGUUAGCCUUGAUGAGGUAGGGGACGGUGAUUCUCUAUGGCACUGGGCGCGUGAGACUUUGAUAAAAAACCUGUACCCCGGCAACCUAUACAACGGCAAGCCAGACAAAUACACAGGUUACCUUGAAGACAGGGUCAACUACCUCGUGGGCAUAUCUCGACUUCGUCUUGAAAGAGUAAAAAACGGUUCGUGUACCAUACCGAAAGAGAUGGACAGGUUCUUCGACGAAUGCUAUGGAGAGUUCUCUUACUCCAAUUCUGAUUCUGAUGAUUACGAAGUUGAAUGGAUGUUUCUUAACAAAAGUGCUGCACCAUCCGCAAGGAAACGCCGCAGCAUUGCUGAACAGUUCAGUUUUGUUGGUGAAAGGAAAACCUUGACGACUUAUAGCGAUGGGAUUCCUGAGAGUAAGGGACGGUCGAGGCGAGCAGUCGACCCUAUUUACGCGUCCACGUCUGGCCGACAGAAACGUCGCAAGCGAAUUGGAACUGAGACCAAGACGUACUUUGUGCUGGACUCGGCCAUGUUAGAGGACGGCAGCAUCCAGUCUUGUCCGACUCGUUGGAUCUACCACAACUUGCUGGACCUGAAGGGCUUCCCCUACUGGGGCAAGAUGAACUUCUACUCGGGUGGUGGCUAUCCUGCGGACUUGGGCUACGAUUACCCUACGGCCCUCACAGUAGUCGCCGAUCUACACUCGCAUAACUGGGUCAACUCCAACACCCGCGGAGUCUUCAUUGAAUUUGCCAUUUACAACGCGAAUACCAAUCUUUUUGGGGUGGCAUUUUUAUACGUAGAGUUUCUGCCCACAGGUGGUGCGUUUCCUCACGGUGAAUUUAAGGUGGCGAGGCUGUACAGUUACGUAGGGCCGUUUGCAAACUUUGUAUUGGCAAUGGAGGUGAUAAUGCUUCUAUUCAUGUUUUACUUUGUAUACCGCGAGGUGAAGUCCAUGUACAAGCUCAAGAAAAAGUACUUCAAAGGUUUCUGGAACUGGCUGGAGGUUGCCAUGAUUGUUUUGGAGUUUCUGAUGCUGGGUCUCUUUUUCGCCAGAAUGUGGGAGGUGGACAAGAAUUUUAUUGAGCUUCAUCACAACCCAAAAGACUUUGUCAGUUUCCAGUACGCGCUGGCCUCAGAUGAAACCCUCAAUUACGUCAUUGGUAUUCUCGUCUUUUUUGUUACCAUACGCUUUAUAAAGCUCUUGCGCUUCAACAGACGUAUGGCGUUGCUAGGUAACACCAUCGCACUCAUUGCCAAGCCUAUUGGUCAGUUUUUGAUCAGCUUCACCCUUGUGUUCAUCUCUUUCGCUUUCUUUGGGAACAUGAUCUUUGGUAUUGGCCUGGACAAGUUCCGUAGUUUCACUACAACCAUGAUGACCCAGUUGAAUAUCUGUCUCGGAGACUUCGACUACCUAGAGAUGGAGGAAGAGAAUCGCAUGCUUGGUCGGAUAUACUUUUUCUCAUUCAUGUACUUCAUCGUGAUGUACCUGAUGAACAUGUUCCUGGCUAUCAUCAACGACUCCUUUUCCGAAGUCAAGACCAGCAAUGACGACCUGAAAAAUGAGUACGAGAUGGUUGAGUUCAUCCUGGACAGAUUCAAAAGUCAGAUCGGUAUAAACACCCAAGCACCACCGCAGGACGGCCUCAAGACACCCUUUGGACUCGAGCCGGACGUCCCCUUCUGGAGCUACAAGCACCGUGCAUCUUCCAUCUGCAGCGACUCUGAAUUCAGUGUGGUCACCAACAGGAAGGUGUACAAGAUGGAGUUGAGUUUGUCUCAGAUGGAUAAAGAUCUUGACGUCGUUUUGCAGAAGCUCUCCAACCAUAAGCGCGACGACGCGCGGGAAGACGCGGCCAUUAUGAAGGCGAUAUGUGGAGAUCACAUCGAUGACAUGAACGCGUCUAGUGUAUCUUUGAAUAACUCCUACGUUGAUGUGGGAAGCGUGGCUUAAUUGACUCUCAAAAACUCACGGCAUUUUCACAUUCACUUAGAGGGAAUUUUCUUCUACGCAUCUAUUUGAACCAAAUCGCCAGAACUGAAAAAAAAGUUUAGUCCAAAUAAGUCCAUGUAAAGCGACCAUACAAGUCUCUUAAUAGAGAUUCUACCUUGACAUUUUGUACGACCGACUUUGGUAGAAAUUAGGGCGCUUACGUAUCUUUUAGAAAAUCAUUUGAAUAUUGCCGGUUUUUAAGUAUCUUGCAUAUACAAAGGCUUAGAUGUGGAAAAAGCUAUAUAUGGAAGCUUGUAUCACUUUAUACCAUAUUUGGAAAUAGCUUUAUAUGGAAGCUUGUAUCACAUUAUUUCAUAUUUGGAAAAAGCUUUAUAUGAAAGCCAUUCUCACUAUUUUUUUAUCAUUUGUUGAGCACAGGUGUAACGCACAUUCGAAAGUUUUCUGUUUCUUGAACGUUCUAGAAAGUUUAAAGAUAACGGAAGUAUUGUAGCGGCUAGCUAGAGAAAGUGAGGUUUGAGAAAUCCAAAAGAAUCAGCUACCGAACAAGCUUUCAGAAAAAUAAUUUUCCAUUAAAAUAUGGAUAUCCAUUCAUCUUCCUUUUUAUCUAGUUAUCAUUUCCUUAAACAAGGACCCGCACUACAAAGGGCUUAGCUCCUUCAAGAUGACAACACGCCGUAACAUUGCGUCGGUGGUGAGACUUUUUAGUUGUGUUAGUGUUAAUAAUUUGAACUAGAAUUUGAGCACAUUCCUGCUCUUUUGGUGGGUUAUUUAUCGAUAGUAGCCAAGAGAAAAUAAACCGAGCAAACGAGAAGAAAAGCGCUUCAGAAGCACAAGUUAGACCGCUAACCAAUGAUCUUAUUUGCAUAACGAGGGGAAAAAUUAAAUUUUUACUCAAACGUUCAUUUUUAUGUACGUAGUUUUAUAUAUAUGAUGGGGAUAAAAAAUACAAUUUUCUUAAUCAUGGUAGUCUACAGAUGAUUUCCAAAAUGCUUGACUGAACUCCGGAGCUCCGCACCGCGUAGCAGUUUACUGACAACUGAGCCUUUCGUGGACCUGGCCCAGGCCCUUUUAUAGUGGGAGUCCUUGUUUAAAACAAUAAAGAACAAUAGAGAAUUGAGUGUGGUUAAACUAGGCGACAUGGAAAUGGAAAAGUUGUAUACUAACGAUGGUGUAUUUGCACCGUAAUAAAAUGAUUCACACAGGA